UGGAGAUUUAAAAGAAAGUCAGUUGUCUGUUUGCAGGAUUUCGGAGUUACUUUGUUCCUAUACCGAACGCCCUAUCUGGUGGACAUAGUCAGAGAAUCAGUUGGACGUGUUCUGAGGCUGGACUCCAUUGAGAGUGGCAAUGCGUGGAAAGGGAUGGAUAUGCUGAUCUUCAACACGUGGCACUGGUGGCUCCACAGAGGAAGAUCUCAGCCAUGGGAUUAUUUGAGAGAAGGGAAUAACUUGUAUAAAGACAUGGACCGUCUAACUGCAUUUUACAAGGGGUUGAGUACGUGGGCAAGAUGGGUUGAUCUCAACGUUGAUCCUUCAAAGACCAAAGUCUUCUUUCAGGGAAUUUCUCCCACCCAUUAUCAGGGCAAGGAAUGGAACCAGCCGAAGAAUAAUUGCAACGGACAACUUGAACCUUUGGCUGGGUCAACAUACCCUGCAGGUGCACCUCCAGAAGUUGGCGUAGUGACCAGAGUGUUGAGCACGAUGAAGAAACCAGUUUAUCUGCUAGACAUCACCACACUCUCACAGCUGAGGAAAGAUGCUCAUCCCUCGGCUUACAGCGGGGAUCAUUCCGGGAACGACUGCAGCCACUGGUGUCUUCCAGGAUUGCCGGACACUUGGAACCAGCUCCUGUAUGCAGCGCUUUCCUGAACUCGAUACUGAACUACAACUUCAUCUUCUGCGUUUAUGUAGAAUUGUUUGUACACCAAUUUGGCGACUCGAAAUUUCUCAUUGAUAGAUGUGUCAUAAAUUAAGGAUGGUACAGAAACAAACUGUAAAGAGAUUGAUCGUUUAACCAGAAUAAUGUGUUGGGAGUGGACAGAUAGAAACCGAUAAUGUGUUGGGAGUGGACAGAUAGAAACCGAUCACGUUACCGUGCAAAGGCAUUGUAAUUGUGAAUUUCGGUAGGUGGGAAAGGACUUAGUUGAGAAUAAACUUGGCUCCUCUGAUCCUAGUUGGAACUUUUUCUGUAAGUUUGGUUUUAUUAUUGUAGUUAAUAAAUGUUGUUCAGACUGUUGGAUGUUAGAAGAAAUUAUCAAUAAAAGAAAGCAUUGCAAUGAA